AUGAUACUGAUACGGACUCAGCUGGGAGUUUCCAGUUGUCUGGAAAAAUGCCGGAAGAGCUCACCAGACGCUGGGAAGCAGCCCUUCUCUGGAAAGUCCUUUUAUCUGGAUCUGCCUGCCGGCAAAAGUCUCCAGUUUUUGACGAGGGCCAUCCAGCAGCUGGGUGGGGUAAUUGAGGGUUUUCUGAGCAAAGAAGUAAGUUACAUCGUGUCCAGCCGCAGAGAGGCGAAAGCAGAGAGCAGUGGGACAAGCCCCAGAGGCUGCCCCAGCCCCAGCGAGGUCAGAGGACAGACACUGUCCAUGGCCCAUCCGAAGGGCGGCCACACCAGGCCUUCACAGAAGCCUGCAGACUCGGUGCCCAGGAGCAGAGGCAAGGAGCUACUGCAGAAGGCCAUCAGAAACCAGGAGAGUGGCAGCAGGGGAGGUGGCGGGAGAAGCAGUCUCCUGACCAGUGCCCGCGCCUGGGGAGUGAGGAUCCUGCACGUGGACGAAAUGCUGAUGCACGUGCAGCAGCUGUCUCUUGAUACUCUGUGUGUGAAGAAACAAGGGCCAAAGAAGAAGCCAGAGGGAACGUGUCCAGCAGAGUCAAGAACGCGAAAAGUGGCCAGGCUGAAGGCACCGUUCCUCAAAAUCGAAGAUGAGAGCAGGAAGUUUCGUCCCUUCCACCAUCAAUUUAAGUCCUUUCCUGAAGUUUCUUUUCUGGGACCCAAAGAUGCAAGUCCCUUUGAGGCCGCGAUGACCCCGGGCAGCUCGCAUCAUACCAGAGAACCCAAGGACCGCGAGCCAAGCCUGCGAUCGGCCGCCCGCACCCUGCCCAGGAGGAGGAAGGGCUUCUGUGAGUGCUGCCAGGAGGACUUUGAGGAGCUCCACGCGCAUCUCCAGAGCACCCGGCACCGGGGCUUCGCCCUAGAAGCCCACCCGUACGCAGAAGUCGAUCGGGUCAUUGCCCAGCUCGGCCACAGCUUUGCCGACGCCCCCUCCCGGGCCGGCCUCCCCAGGCAGCCGGGCUCCCCGUCUUCAGAUGGUGACCCUCUGUGGCCUGAGACUCUGCCUCCCGGCCAGCCCUCCCGGCCCCGGGCCGCGUGUCCCUGGAUGAGACAGGAAGACGAGCCCCCGGCCCCAGGCGCCCCAGAGCGAGCCAGCUCGGAGGGCAGCGUGAAGCCACCCGCCGAACCCGUGGGGGCUGGCCACGUGCCAGGACCAGUAGCAAGCUGCCGGGAGCUGGGGGGCUCAACGGAUGUCAUUGCAGACCCCUCAGGGACGCCAGGGUCCAAGAGCCCUGUACACCAGUGCCUCCCAACACGCUCUGGUUCUGCGGAAUUCUCCGGCCUGGACGUGGCCCCUGUUGGCCACAAGCGGAAGGUUCAGCUCCCCGGUGGCAAUCCCGAGAAGAGCUCUGGCCUUGUCUCCCCAGGUCUUGGGACCCGGGGUCCCUUCGGAGCUCUGCGCUGGCGGGUCUCACCCCAGCUGGGGCGUCCGGGAGCCCCUGAGGUCACAGAGCCCAGCCGUCUGGUGGGGGAGAGCUCCGGGGGAGAGGUCCGAAAGCAGCAGUUGGACACCAGGGUCCGCCAGGAGCCACCAGGGGGUCCGCCUGUCCACCUGGCCCAAGUGAGUUUCGUCAUCCCAGCCUUCAACUCAAACUUCACUCUGGACCUGGAGCUGAACCAUCACCUCCUCUCCUCGCAAUAUGUGGAGCGCCAUUUUAGCCGGGAGGGGACAACCCAGCACAACACCGGGGCCGGGGACCACUGCUACUACCAGGGGAAGCUCCGGGGGAACCCCCAAUCCUUUGCUGCCCUGUCCACCUGCCAGGGGCUGCAUGGGGUCUUCUCUGAUGGGAACUUCACCUACAUCGUGGAGCCCCGCGAGAUGGCCAGGCCUCAGGAACCCCCCCAGUCACCCCAGCUCUGGUUCCCUCCCCCUGUGCCCUCAGCUCCAAUGUCCCCUCUGUCCCCCAAGUAA